CUAAUAAAUCACAUAACUUAUGACACGUGUCAUUAAUCUAACCAUAGGAUUUCCUUCCCAUCACACAAACCAACGAUUAUCACAAUUCUCUCUUCAAAAAAGAGUUUAUAUGCGAUGGCAAAACUAAAAUUGAAAGACACAAACAAAACCCUAUUUCCCCAAUUUUCCCUUCUACAAUUUGAGACUUUUUCGUAUUCUUUUCCAAAUCUAAUUUCUACCCUUUUCAUUUUUUUCAAAGCAAUUUGCAACCCUUUUCAUCUUUUGUGAAUAAACCCUAUAUUUGUUUUCAAUUUUUUUUUCUGGGUUUUUAGUGUUCAUGACAAUGUCUAAAGUUGUUAGCAAGUAUAGUGUUUUCUCGUCUACAAUUUCCCAUCAUCAUAAUGAUCAUAACAAAUGUAGAAAUUUUCCCAUGAAAUUUUCUGUUUCUGUUGGUAAACGAGGAAAAUUAGUUGGUUUUUCUUCUUUGAGGAGUAGUUUUGGUGGUGUUAGAACUGUUGUUGAUCAAAAUGGUAGCGUUUGGUCUCAUAAGAGGAACCCUCAAUCAAUUCAUGCUAAGUUGGGUCUUAGCAUUGGCAAAUCACAAAGAUGGUGGGAGAAAGAACUUCAACCAAAUAUGAAAGAAAUAACUUCUGCAGAAGACCUAGUGGAUUCGUUACUAAAAGCAGGAGAUCAGUUGGUAGUUGUUGAUUUUUACUCGCCCGGAUGUGGAGGCUGCAAGGCUCUUCAUCCUAAGAUAUGUAAGUUGGCGGAGAUGCACCCUGAUGUUCAGUUUCUUCAAAUUAACUACGAGGAACACAAAUCGAUGUGUUAUAGCCUUAAUGUUCACGUUCUUCCUUUUUUCCGGUUCUACAGAGGUGCUGAUGGUCGUGUUUGCAGUUUCAGCUGUACAAAUGCCACGAUCAAGAAAUUUAAAGAUGCUUUGGCCAAGUAUAACACAGUAAGAUGCAGCCCUGGGCCAACAAAGGGGCUAGAGGAGAAAGAGCUCCUUGCUCUUUCUGCCAACAAAGACCUUUCGUUCACUUACACGCCAAAACCCGAGAAAGCACCCACCGAACAAGAAGUCUCUAUUGCGACCGACACAAAAACUGGAGCAGAAGAAUCCCACGUUCCUUCUAACAGGAAGCUUCUUCACUCUCCAUUUACCGCAAAUUCUUCUCAAGAUAACGAAGAGAAAAUGCUAGUGACUGCUAGUAGAUGAUUUUGAGCUUCUAUCCAGCCAUUUACGGCCUGUACAGUAUGUAAAAGUAUGAUUCGGGAUAUCGUUUUAGUCUCUUGUAAAAAGGAAAUAUGUAAUGUGGCAGGUUUCGGGUUCGUUUUUUAGUCUAAGCUUGCCAUAUCUGUGGAAUUGUACCAGCUUGUAGGGUGUGUUUUUAGAUCCCUCAUCCUUGUAAAUAAGAAUGAACUCAUGUUGUUUCUCACUUUCGAUGUGCUUUUACAAUUAUUGUAAUGUUGAAGCAUCAUAUUUGGUUGAAUUACCUUAA